AUGCCCGGUUCCUCCUUGAGUCCCAACAGCAACGCAGCACUCUGGGCAGCCUUCUCGGCGUACGUCAGCGCCGCGGCGGAGUUGCUGAGCGCAUUCUCAGACUCGUCCAAAGCCUUCUUCUCCAUCUUCUCCGCCUCCUCAAUGGCCUCCACCAGCUUGUCCCACUCGUUAUCAUUAUCCCCGCUUCCUCCCGUUCCCGGUGUGGCAUGGGCGCGUCGCAUUGCUUCUGUGGCGCUGCUUUCCGCACCCCAAGAGGACCCGUGUGCCAACGCCGCAUUGUCUCGUGCUGCUUCAGUGCUGCUAAUGGCACGUGAGAAAAAUGUCACCAUCGCCUUUCCUUCUGCUGAUCCCCGCGCGGCGAGGUCGGCUGUCUUUUCUUUUGUUUUUGCCAAUGCGUUGCCCAAUAUGCCUUGUGAUGACGUGAUAGCAUGCACUGCAUCCGCCACUCCAGCAAGCGCCGUGGACGCCAUCUCAGCUGCCGAUGAGGAUGCACUUUGGGCUGUAAGCGAUACUGAAAGUGUUUCACUCGCCAGAGCAAUGACACCCGCCGUCCCCACCGAUGCCACUGAUACCUUCACGGUAUCCCUCAGCCUAACUGCUGCCUGGUGCGCACCCUCCGCUGCGCUCUUGCCAAUCCCCGCCUGA